GCACGUGACGUCACAACCCCGCGCCGCGCAGUGACGUCACUGUGCGCGCCGCGCGGUGCCGGCAUGGCGGCGGCGGAGCAGGACCAGGAGGCCGCGGCGCCGCCACAGAAGCGCUUCUACCGGCAGCGCGCGCACUCGAACCCGCUGGCCGACCACACCCUGUGCUACCCCUCCCGCCCUCAGGACAUGGACUGGGCCUCGCUGUUCCCGAGUUUUUUCCCGCCCGACGCCCCCCCCGGGACCCCCUCGGCCCGCGUGGAGUUCGCAGAUGUGGGGUGCGGCUACGGGGGGCUGCUCG